UAUUCCGGAUAUUCUUCAUAUGUGUCUUAGGGGUUUUGUUAGUAGUCACUUUACACAUUUUUGGUGACGUAUUGAGCAAGGGCCUGAAGGGGGUGAUGAGAGUCUUGUGGUUUAACUGCGACUGUCACUCUUUUCCAGGCGUUGCAAUUGCAGUUGCAACUUUAGGCAUAUUUUGGGCAUGUUUAAUAAGCAUAUAUGAUUUAGCAACUGUACAUGACGCACAUACUAUUCACAGCAUGGCCUCUGGGAGAGAACCAAAUCUGGAAAGAUUUCAGAAAGAAGGCCAUUCGGCAUUUGUCGUUGGUUACACAGGUGAAACUGGCAAAGCACUAGUUACUGAAUUGAAUGAGACAAAAGCUUUUAAAAGGGUGGUCCUGAUUGGCAGAAGACAGACAAACAUAACUGAGAAGCUGGGUGAAGGAUUUGAAGAGAAAGUAGUGGAUUUUGACCAGCUUGAAAAUUACAAGGAUGCUUUUGAGGGAUGUGAUGUUGGUUUCAAUACCCUGGGCACAACAAGGGGAAAGAGUGGACCUGAGGGAUUUGUUAAAGUUGACCAUGACUAUGUGUUGAAGUCAGCAGAGAUUGCCAAGACCAGUGGCUGUAAGCACUUCAUCCACACAUCUUCUCAGGGCAGUGACAAAAACAGUUCUUUUUUAUAUCCAAGAACAAAGGGACAGGUUGAAGAGAGCUUGAAAAUGAUGAUUUUUGAAAGACUGUCAAUUUUUAGACCAGGAAUUUUGCUGUGUGACAGACAGGAAAAUAGAGCAGGCGAAGCAUUCUUUCGUACCAUUCUGAAACCCAUCUUCUACUUCUUCCCCACUGCAAUAUCCACACCGACAGAAGUGGUAGCCAGAGCAAUGCUGAACAAUGCUAUUAGUAUCUCUUCUGGAAACAAAACAGAAUUAUUUGAGAACAAAGCCAUUCACAUGUUAGCAGGCAGCUUAAAGCCAAAGACCAGUGAAAUGGUAAAACCAGACAAGAAAUUGCCCCAAGACAAAACCGAAAGCGAGGAAAAUCUGGAACUAUAACUGUUUUGUGUGUCAGGUCUACUGCUGCCCAGGUGAAAUUAGGCUACUUAUGUUACACAGCUAUAAAAUAUGCACUUUUAAUGUAUCUCAAAUAGUUAUUCAGUCCUAUAGUACUGCAUUUUGAAAGUUCAAGAAUAGAAAUGCUGUCAUAACCUUUGAUUAUGAUUUUGAAUUGAACAUAUUUUAUUGUAUAUGUGGAUAUUAUACAAAUGGUUUUAACACAAGUUCUUUCAACUUAGGGAUGUAAUACCUUUUAAUUAUGAAGUGCAUUUAUAUCUAAAUGCAAUAUAGAAAACAGAAAGAAACAAUAUUUAUUGACAAACAUACAUGUACCCAUAUCAUGUACAAUAUCAACAUGGUUCAACCCUCACACUUAUUAAACAUUACUCCUGUAGUCUUUGGGAAUGGAAAUACCUCUUGUUCUUUGUAAACUUAGGGUAGUCUAAGGAACUAACUAUCAACAAUUAUAGAACCCAGGGUUCAAACAUUUUCUUUAAAAUGUUGGUCAAGUUGUUUAAUAUUAUUUGGAGAUUUCUAUGCUAUUUAAAGACACUUGAAAGAAAAAAAAUGGAUGCAUGGGUUAACAUAUGGUUGGAAUAAGUACAAAUAUAAACUUUGUAAAAUAUAAAAUAGACUUUUUAAUUUUCUAUGAUGUUCAAAUGUUGAAAUAUAUUAUCUCUCCGUAUAUAACUAUAUAAGAAAAUUUCCCACUGUUUUGGAUUUAUUGAGAAAUCAUGGGAAUAAAUUUAAUACAUUCCAUAUGGUAAAUUGUAUUCAUUUCACUAAAUAUGAAAACGUAAAUUCAUUUCAUCAUUUCUGGAAAGGGUUUGUAGCAAGUGCCAUUAAUACACUUGUAACUGGAUGGCACAUGUACUCCACGAAAAGGGAAAUGAAAUCCAUUGAUAUAUACACUGUAGGUCACAUUGCCGCUUUUGAGUUAGAGUUUGAUGUACUACAUGUAGGUUUUUUUUUACUUCAUGGAAAGUGCAAAAAUCACGUGGAAAGCACUGGAAGUGCACUCUUGAGACCAUAAAUGUGUUGUCAAUUCUGUGGGUUUCAGGCGCAGCACUCGGACUAGUCUGGCAGUAAUUUCACUAGUCCCGUAAAUCAAUAACUGCCCCCCAAAAAGUUUGUUGACCCAAAUGAUAAUGAUAAAUAUAACUUCUGACAUGUCAUGCAUCUUAUUAAGUACUGGUGUAUGUUAUUCUGAAUAUAAAGUGUUCUUAAUGUUUGUUCUAACUUGGAUUUAUGUUUGCUCCUUGAUGUGUACAGUUGGAAGUCAUGUUUAUACAAUGUUAACAUGUAAGAGACAAUUAACAGUGUGCAUCUUUGAUACAAUCGCUUGUUUGUCAACACAACUUGUAUUUGAAUGUAAACUCACUAGUGUUAUGAAAAUACUGCAGUAUGUAUUGUAUGAGUGACCAGGGUCAGCCUCGGACAGUUUAAUAUGAUGUGCUGACCAGGGUCAGCCUAGGGCAGUUUAAUAUGAUGUAGUGCUGAUUGACUACCUUAACUGUUCAUCACUGGAAAUCUACUUCAUAUUAUACCACACGAUGUUUGAUCUAGUCUAUUUCUAUGUACUGGAGGUAGACUUAUACAAGUAAAUACGUACCAUGCUUUUACCUAUUUUAAUGACACACCUGUAUCACAUUUUGACUUGUAAAUAUUUUGUAAAUUUUUUUUUUUUUGGCCAGAUGAUCAAUAUUGGAAUUAGCAUCAGUUCUGUAGGUCCUGGUCAGAUAUGACAAUAGUUUUAACCAGAGUUACAGAACUGCUGCAGUAUGUUGAAAUUGAAUUCACCAUAUAAACCCAUCCCAAGACAAUGUUUACACGACAUAUAAACCCAUCCCAAGACAUUACACGUCAUACGUCUCAAUGUUUACACGACAUGUAUUCAAUGUGCGUAUACACUGUAAUCAACACGGGUUUUUAUUUUCCGGCAAUAUAUAUGUGUGAUUUAUGGGUUAUUGCAAUCUUGAAGUGCCUCAAUUUGUGUUUUAAAUAAUUAAUGUACUGCAUGUAAAUGUACAUUUUAAUAUCUGUUUAACCUAGAAAAUAUUAAAUAUUACACCAUUUA